UGGAAGGUGUGGUCUGGCAGAUCGAUAGUGCAUCUUUUGUUUAACCAUGCACUUCAAUUCUACAUAGAAAACAGGACAGAAUGCGUGUUAUCGAUCUAUUGAGAGGAGUUAAACUGUGAACGGUUAAAGGAUCUUUUACCCGUUUGUCCACCUGUAGCACGGUACAAGAUGUGCCAAUCAACUCAGAGGAACUAAACAAAAGCAGGCAUUUAUUUUAAUCUAAGAAACUUUAGGAGUUCAGAGUCGUAUUGAGGAGAAAGUGUGGACCAGUCGAUCACUUCAGGACUUGUUUUUAACAGACGGAAACGCAGCGAGCGCUUUCCUCUGACCGCGCUGAUCCAGGGCUUCAUGCGCUCUCCGCCGCGCGCUUAAGCUGCUGUGGAGGAUUUUACACACAUUAUGAGCCGCCAUGGCAUGGUGUGACCGAGGGGUUCAGACUCUGCUGGCCAUCGUGGGGGCCUUCGCUGCCUUCAGUCUCAUGACCAUCGCCAUCGGCACUGACUACUGGCUUUACUCUCGGGCGUACAUCUGCAACGCCACUAAUGUCACCACGGACGAGACCCAGAUGCAAACCAAGAAAGUGACGGGAGACCUGACGCACUCCGGGCUGUGGAGGAUCUGCUGUAUCGAAGGUAUCAACAAAGGAAGCUGUUUUCGAAUCAAUCAUUUUCCAGAGGAUAACGACUACGACACAGACACCUCCGAGUACAUCUUACGUAUAGUGCGUGCAUCAAGCCUCUUCCCCAUCCUCAGCACCAUCCUGCUGAUGUUGGGUGGCCUGUGUGUCGGAGUUGGCCGUAUUUACAACACCAGGAACAACAUUCUGCUCAGUGCUGGCAUCCUGUUUGUGUUUGCAGGUCUGAGCAACAUCAUUGGCAUCAUCGUCUACAUCUCCAGCAAUGCAGGAGAUCCAAGUGACAAGAAAGACCAAGACAAGAAGAACCAGUACAACUAUGGCUGGUCCUUUUACUUCGGCGCCCUCUCCUUUAUCGUGGCUGAGUCCGUGGGUGUUCUAGCAGUCAACAUAUAUAUCGAGAAAAACAAAGAGACACGCUUCAGAGCCCGGCGUGACUUUAUUAAAACUACCUCCUCUUCUUCACCAUACUCCCGUAUUCCAAGCUACCGCUACCGGCGAAGACGCUCUCGCUCCAGUUCAAGGUCGACCGACCCAUCCCGGGAGCCUUCUCCAGUGGGAAUGAAGAUUGGAGGAAGUGGUGGAGGAGGAGGAGGGUUGGGGAUGGGUUUGCCGAUGGGGGAUAUAUCCUUGUAUGCCCUCAGUAGGGACCCUCUGAAGGGCGCGAGUGGGACUGUGGGACCCUACAGCCCAGAGAGAGACUCUGGAUUUUUGCAAGUCCACAACUGCUUUCAGAAAGAUCUCAAAGAUGGCGUGAACAGGAGGACCACGCCGGUAUGA